AAAAUAAAUAUACGCGCACAUAACUCAGUUCUCACGCAAACUCUGUUUCCAUUUUCCUCAAAUUUGCAGGAAAUAAUUAAGGAUUAAUCAGGAAAAAUGGCGACUGAUCAAGAAGCUAUUCAAACGUUCAUGAGCAUUACCGGCGUCGAUGAAGCCACCGCUAUACAAAAACUUGAGGAGCAUCUAGGAAAUCUCAAUGAAGCUGUCAAUGCCCAUUUCACAGAAGGGGAUAGAAACUUAACUCAACCGACAACUUUUAUGCCUUCUCGAGCUGAAGACAUGGAUAUAGAUGAUCCUGUGCCAUUUGAGUCCAAUAGACUUCCACCUUCCUUAUUACCAUUUGAGAGAAAUUUAAAUCCAUUCUCACUCCUUGAUUCCAACUUCCCUCGAAGUAUUUUUGACAGGGGUGAUGCUUCAAAUAGGUCACCCUUUGUAUCACAUCCAAGAGAGGUGAGGGAGAUACCAAUUGAGGUGAACGAUGAGACUGGGCGUUCUGGUGGUGCUCCCAUCAUUGAAGAUGUAACUGAAUCUAUGCAUGAACAUGGAACUGAAGUACAUGGAACAGUCAUAGUAGAGGAUGAAGAUGAUGACAAAUCCCUUCCAUUUUUACAAACUACACGUGCUACUGCACAUGGGAUUGAAAAUAGCUCCAGAUUUUCUGAACCAAGUGCUCCAACUAUUUUUGACGUGCCUGACUAUGGAAAUGAUAUAGAGGAAGAAAUGAUACGUGCUGCCAUUGAGGCUUCCAAGCAGGAGGCUGGAAUGUCAAGUCAGGAUGUUAUCAAUCCUGCUCCUGCACCUGCACCGACACAGUCCAAUUCAGAAGAUGCUGAGCUUGAACAUGUCGUUUCCUUAUCAUUGCAGACUGCAGAGCGGGAAAAAGCUCUCAGGGAACAAGAUGGGAAGGCUACACCCUCUGGAGUGGUUCAGAUACCAGGGGUGUCAGAUGAGAUAGGGAGAUUAUCUGAAAAUGGAAGGCAAUCUCAAUUGGAGGUCGGAAGUACAACCUUGCCAAAUGAAGCUGAGGAUGUGGAAGAGCUACCACUUGUCAGACGUAGGAGGGGACGUGUGUCUUCAACCCCUAUUGUUACUUCUGAACAUAGUGAAGAAAUUGAUGAUACACCACCUUCCAGUCCUCCACAAGAAAAUUAUGUUCCCCCACCCCACCAAAUUAGAAAUGAAUUUCCAUCCGAUGAGUGGGGGGGCAUCUCAUCUGAGGAACAUGAUGAAGCUGUAAUGCUUGAAGCGGCAAUGUUUGGUGGUAUCCCUGAAGGAAGUGGUUAUAAUUUCCCUUUAGCACCUCAUCAUCUAUCUCAGAAUGGUUUAGGCGCCUCUAUGGGUCCUUACCCCAGGCAUAUACCUCGUCCUCCAUCACCUUCUCUUACUGCCCAGCGUUUGAUACGAGAGCAACAGGAUGAUGAAUAUCUUGCUUCAUUACAAGCUGACCGAGAAAAAGAAUUGAAGGCCGAAGAAGAAGCUGAAGCUGCUCUGGCAGAAGAGAAACUCAGGGAGGAAGCAAUGCGCAAAAAGUUGCAAGAGGAACAGGAAAAUGAUAGACAAUUAGCUGCAAAAGAGGCAUCCCUUCCCGGGGAACCAUCUCCUGAUGAUGAGAAUGCUGUAACCCUCCUUGUGCGAAUGCCUGAUGGAAGUAGGCGGGGACGACGGUUUCUCAAGUCUGACAAGCUACAGAGUUUAUUUGACUACAUUGAUAUUGGCAGAGUGGUCAAACCUGGCAGCUAUAGAUUGGUGAGGCCAUAUCCUCGACGUGCUUUAGGAGAUGGAGAGAGACCCUCAACUUUUGAUGAAUUGGGUCUAACCAGCAAGCAAGAAGCCUUGUACCUGGAGCUGAUAUAGUAUAUAUGCUUAUUGUUCAAAGCUUCAAGAAUUCGGACCGUACAGUACCAAUUGAUCUCAACUCUUGCUAGUGAUCUGAAGAUGUGGGGGUUGUUUUGUUGCGUUUGGUUGAAUGAUAUUUGUUUCAUUGCGGGCAUGAUUUUAUAGGAGUAAUCAACUUAAGUGAACUUGAAAAAAAGGUUAUUAGACUAGAACCAUCCGACUACAUUGUGUCGUAUUAAAUCUGCCCUUUCCUUUGGAAAUGGUUAGAGAAGUGGCAUUUUGCUCGACCUUAUUGUCCCUUUCCUGCUAUUAAUUUACGUGAAUUGGAGAUUGCUAUUUCUAUGUAUAUGCUUGAUUUUGGUGUUAUAUGAUUGAGGUUUCUUCC